UCUCCAGCAUUGCUAUUUUUGCUCAGUAUUGCCUUGGCUAUUCAAGACGAGAUUAGUAUGCAGCUGAAUGACAUAAUGAACAAUGUGCAGCACAUAAUAGCUCGCUAUAAUAUUGAUUUUAAUUUACCCUUUGGAAGAAGGAGCUUCCUUAUUGAAUCUAGGAACAAACAGAGGAACGCUUUCUUGGAGAAAAUCAUUGCUUAUUCUAAGAUCAUUGACAUUAGAGAAAAGACUCUUGCCCACAUUCUGGCCUGGCUGGAAGAAUGGAAUGCCACUUUGUCUGAGAUAACUGAAAUAGACUUUGAAGAAUACCACCACUGGGUAGCACAAAUGGAGUUUUUACCAGAAACGUUAAAAGCAAUUGACAACGAUGUCAAGAUACUAUGUAGAAUUAGUAUGACUCUCCUUGAAGAACAGAAGAGACAAAAGAAAAAACUAUUAGUUAGAGGUACUCUAUGGAAACCCUGGAAGGAAAGAGUAAUAAAACGACCUGCAACAGCCCAUGCUUUAAGACCAGAUCAGAUGAUUAGUGAUCAAUUUGCAACAAAUACAAAGGUUUCAGAAAUUCAAGAUAUGCUACAAGAACUCAUAGGCACAGCAAUGUUCACUAAAUUGGAAAACAAUGCUAUUAAAUAUAUAUCAUCAACAAUGAUAAAUCUUUCUAAAGCCUUGACUCUAGUAAAUGAUGAAUUAAAACUUAUUAACUUCCAAAUUAGCAAUAUGUAUACAGAUGAAACAGAACCAGAAAAACAGCUCUCCCUGAGGAUAAUAAAAGAGUUCAGUGAAGAAAAUGUAAUGCUUCAGCAGAAACUUAAAGAUGCAGAAGAAAAAUGUGAACAACUUAUUCGAUUCAAAAUUGUUACACCACUGCCCAUAACCUCAGCCUUGAAAGUAUUACCUACAAUUUCUCCAGAGUCAUCAAUGACCAAAGCUGUGGACAAAGAGAGCAGCAUGGACACUAUUUUAGCCAAAGAGUUUGGAAAUGUUAUAGAUGAAUCCCAAAGAAAAGGGGUUACAGGCACUGUGAAAAAGUGGGAUUCAGCAAUGUCAUAUACAGCCCAAAUGCCUCCAGAGUCAACUGAACAGCAAUACCUUUUAUCUGAAAAAACAAAGAAAAAGCCACCUGAAGAUACUACUAAAGAAAACAUAGCACCGAAGAAAGAUGGUGUCUAUCAAAAAGAUGGGACUGGUCUGUAUCGAUCACAGAAAAGAAAGCGCACAAAAGGCCCACAGCCACAAGACACCUCUGAAUCAAAAGCUGAACAGAAUGUUGUAGAGAGCAAAAGUAGUUACUUCUUUGAUCCACAAACAGUGGAUAAAAAGAGAAAAGAAGUCCAAUCAAAGUCAUCUACUGAACCAAAAAGCCAACAAAUUUCUUCUGCUAAAACAAAGAGCGAAGAUGUCAAAAGUGAGACAAAUGUCUUGGAGGAGUCACUCAGGAAGCUCAAAUCUGAACACUUAGUUGGAAAAGCCCAAUUGUCAUCAGAGAUUAAAGGGGAACCCUCUAUGGAAUCAACUGACAAAGAAUCCAGAAAAAACAUAAGUAGAUUAGCAGAGAAGCAACCUGAUUUCACCUCUGAGCCACAGAAAGUUGAAAAGAAAGGAAAGAAACAAGUAAGCAAAGAAGGAGCAACUGAAGAGAAAGAAAUGUUAGCCUUUACCAAACAAAUCCUGUCUUCUCAACCUGGUAAAUCACAUUCAAAGGUCACUAAACAGACUGUAGGAAGUGCAGAUGGCAAAAGUGAACAAAGUAACCUAGAAGCAUUUCACCACGCUAUACUAACUUUCCUAAAAGAGAAAACUGAUAACAUUGGAAUGCCUUUUGAAAGCAAGAGUGUGAUAAAGGAGGAGUUACUAAAAAGAACAGAAGUUGAAAAGUUAGAAGUCAUAAAGGAAAAAAUUGAAGAAUAUUUCCAAAAAGUGGCUGAAACUGUGACUAAAACCGUGAGGAAAUACAAAAACAUAAAAAAGAAAGGACAAGUUGGAGAGAAACCUGUGAUAUGGCAAAAGGAACCUGUGCCAGGAUCACAUUUUCAGAAGUCUGAAAUUAGCUCCUUCCUCACAGAUGAAAGCACAGACCCAGUAAUCAGCCAUUUAGUACAGAUGCUCUGGGAUGAAAUAGAAAGUGAAAGAGCUACUCUCAGUAGGCAAGUCUCAGUAAGAAAGAAAGAGCACAGCAAGGAAAAAAAGAGGCAGGAGGAAUAUUUAAAAGAUCAAGAAAAAGUAGCUGACUUAUCUGGCAAAAGUGUCCAACAUGAGAUGCCAGAAGAAAAAAAACUCUCAAAGGACAAUUUGUUGAGAAAGAAAAGUUUGAAAGAGAAAAAGACAUUGCUCCAGAUGAAGGAGGAAAAACAAGAUCAACAACAGGAGCAGGAACAGUGGCAGGAAGAGGAUGUCUGGAAGAAACAGAAAAAACAGAGAAUUCAAAAACUGAUGGAACAAGAUGAGAAAGAAAAGCAUGGGCAAGAGAAGCCCAUGCAGCAGCAGCUAGAAGAAGGGAACCAAAUGGUGAAAGGGCAAGGGGUGACCUUGAAGGAAGGCGAGACAAGGCAGGCUCAGAAAGACAAGAGAUAUCAGAAGCUGAAAACAGAGAUAGAGGAGGAGGAGGAAGAGAAGCUGAGAAGAGCAAUAGUGGGUGGUGACAAGAAGAGGAUAAGCCAAAAAAAGCAAGAGAGGAUGAGGAAUGAGGACAAACCUAAAGAUGAAACACAAGGAUUCACUCAAAGUCAAGUGACAUUAUCUCCCGGGCCAAUGAAACAUUUACAAGUUAUACCACCAUUACAAGGAACAAAGAUCAAAAGUGAUGUUAAGACAUCAGAGAUUCUUUCUGCUGAGAAGUACACCAUUCCAGGCACUCCUUCCACUUCCAUGCAGCCCUCCCCAUUUGGGCCCCUCCCUAUUUCUGCGCAGCCUGUCACAAAGUUCACCACUCUCACUCCUGAGCAGGCCCAGGGACAGGGAGUCACUAUCACUCCUCAGCAGGCCCAGGCUCAGGGGAUCACUCUGACCCCUAAGCAAGCCCAGGACCGAGGACUCAUUCUCACCCCACAGCAGGUUCAGGCUCAAGGCAUCACUCUCACUCCUCAGCAGGCCCAGGAUCUAGGGAUCAUUCUCAUACCUCAGCAGGCCCGGGUUCAGGGGAUCACUCUUACACUUAAGCAGGCCAAGGACCUGGGAAUCACUCUCACCCCUCAGCAGGCCCAGGACCUAGGGAUUACUCUCACACCACAGCAGGUUCAGGCUCAAGGGAUCACUCUGACUCCUCAGCAGGCCCAGGCUCAGGGGAUCACUCUUACCUCUCAGCAGGCCCAGGACCUAGGGAUCUCUCUCACACCACAACAGGCCCAGUCUUGGGGGAUCACUCUCACCCCUCAGCAGGCACAGGACCUGGGGAUUGUUCUCACCCCUCAGCAGGCCCAGGAUCUAGGGAUCACUCUCAUCCAUCAGCAGGCAUAUGCACAGGGGCUCACUCUGACCCCACAGCAAGCACAGGACCUAGGGAUCAUUGUCACACCUCAGCAGGCUCAGGCUGAAUGGAUCACUCUCACUCCUCAGCAGGCCCAGGACCUAGGGAUCAUUGUCACCCCUCAGCAGGCACAGGACCUGGGGAUUGUUCUCACCCCAAAGAAAGCCCAGGACCUGGGGAUCACUCUCACCCCUCAGCAGGUCCAGGACCUGGGGAUCACUCUCACCCCUCAACAGGUUCAGGCUCAAGGGAUCACUCACCCUCAGAAAGCCCAGGACCUGGGGAUCACUCUCACCCCUCAGCAGGUCCAGGACCUGGGGAUCACUCUCACCCCUCAACAGGUUCAGGCUCAAGGGAUCACUCUUACACCUCAGCAGGCCCAGGACCUAGGGAUCACUCUCACCCCUCAGCAGGCCCAGGAUCUGGGAAUCACUCUCACCCCUCAACAGGUUCAGGCUCAAGGGAUCACUCUUACACCUCAGCAGGCACAGGACCUAGGGAUCACUCUCACCCCUCAGCAGGCCCAGGAUCUAGAGAUCACUCACCCUCAGCAGGCCCAGGAUCUAGGGAUCACUCUCACCCUUCAGGAUGCACAGGACCUGGGGCUCACUCCCACCCUUCAGCAGUCCCAGGACCUGGCGCUCACUCUCACACCUCAGCAGGUCAAGGCCCUGGGCAUUACUCUCACCACUCAGCAGGCCCAUGAUCUGGGGAUCACCCUCACCUCACAAAAGGCCCAGAACCUAAGACUCACUGUCACCCCUCAGCAGGUCAAGGCCUUGGGGAUCACUCUGAGUCCUCAGCAGGCCCAGGACCUGGGACUCUCUCUCACCUCUCAGCAG